UUCGAUUUGGAUCACGACUGCUACAUUCCUACAACGGAUCUGAAACGAGCUAUUCGUGAUUCGGCGUUCUCGUUCGGUUUGAAUCCAGACGAAGUUGUCACAAUGAUCUCGAAUAUCGAUCAAAAUGGCGACAAACUUAUUGAUGUCUCGGAAUUUUGCACUUUGGUGAGUAUUUUUAACAGAUAUCUCUCUCUGCAAAGAGCUCGAGUGAAUCAUGAAGACGUAGGAUUCAAAGCGAAGUUUUUUAUUCCAAAAUUUUCCUUUAUUGCCCUUCUUUCCCUUUACAAUAUUCUCCUCGGUUUACCGCUUGAACUCGUCCAUCAAUGGCGUGUAAUCGUCGUCUAUUUAGCUGGAGUUCUUUGUGGCUCGUUACUGGUGUCAGCAGUAGAUCCUCACGUCUUCCUCGCCGGUGCUUCUGGAGGUGUCUAUGCCCUUCUUGCUGCACAUCAAGCUGAGCUCAUAAUGAACUGGAGAGAGAUGGAAUUCAAUUGGAUCCGAGCUAUAAUUCUGGUGAUUUUAAUAGGCUCUGAUACGGCCGUGUCUGUCUAUCAACGAUAUUUCGUCGACAGGGUAGACAGGGUAUCAUACGUCUCCCAUAUCGGAGGAUUCGUGGCUGGAAACCUAUUGGGUGUAGUGAUUCUACGGAAUUUUCGGCGUCAUAAAUGGGAAGCCAGGCUGUGGUGGGCCUCGUUGGUGGCAUUCGUCUUCUUCAUCGUCAUAUGUAUUGUCCUGAUUAUUGCCCCUGAUAUAAUUCCUGGUAAACGACAGUACUGGCCAUGGUUGCGCGCGAGAUUCGGAGCGUAUGCUGCGAAUGUUCAACUUGAUGAUCCUCCUCCAAUAAAUUUGCCUAGCAACUGA